AAUUCAAAAGAAUCAUUUUUGAAGCAUCAAACCCCAAAAACAUCUCUCUUCCAUAUCAUUAAUCUUUUUACACCAAAUGACAACCUCCAAUUCCAACCCUUUUCAACUCAAAUCCAUAUUCAUAUUCCUUGUCAUUCUAGCUCUCACAAUCACCUCCACCGCCUCAGCACGUAGAAUCCUCGAUGAGGAGCCCAUCGUUGUACCAGACACUCCUGAUGAUACUGACGAGAGUACCCCAGCUUCAGGAAUAUCUACAGGUACUAGUGUCACAGGUGCUGGUAUUCCAGCACCAGCAGGUGUUGCAGCACCUGCAGUACAUGCAGGUGUUGCAGCACCUGCAGUACAUGCAGGUGCUGACGACCAUCCUGCUACAGCUGGUGCAGCACCAGUUGUAGCAGGUGAAGAUGAUCAUAUCUUUUCAUUCUUCAUGCACGACAUUCUAGGAGGAUCAAAUCCAUCAGCAAUAGCGGUAACGGGUAUAGCAACCAACCCAUCACUAAGCGGACAAGUCCCAUUCGCUAAGCCAAACGGUGCAGUUCUAGCAGUAGACAACGGUGUUCCUGUCAACAACGGAAACAGCGGAAUCAUCAGCAACAACAACAUUCCUUUUCUCACCGGCCUAAGUGGGACAACUCCCAACGUUGUUCAAAACAAUGGCAACAACAUCAUCGGUGGAGGAAACGGAUACCCUGCCUUAAACAUGGCUCAAUUAGGAUCAGGAGUAACAUUCCAAAAACUCAUGUUUGGUACACUGACUGUAUUUGACGAUGAAUUAACAGAAGGUCAUGAACUCAACUCAGGGUUAGUUGGAAAAUCUCAAGGAUUUUACAUUUCUAGUUCAGAAGAUGGAAGUAGUCAAACAAUGGCAUUUACAGUAAUGUUUCAUAGUGGAAGUUAUAGUGAUAGUUUGAGUUUCUUUGGGGUUCACAGAGUUAGAGUUUCAGAAUCACAUCUUGCUAUUAUGGGUGGAACUGGAAAGUAUGUAAAUGCUAAGGGAUUUGCUACAGUCAAAACAUUUCCAGCUGCAAAUCAAGAGACAGAUGGUGUGGAGACUUUGUUACAUAUUACUGUUUAUCUUGCUUAUUAAUUUGUUUCUAAUAAUUUAUUGCUUUUGUAUUAAUUGUUGUGUUUUGCUUACAUGUAUUA